CUUCACCUCACUACGGCAGCGAGGCGCGCUGCCCCGAUCUCUUCAUUCUGUCCUCUAUCCACUUCCUCUUGCAACUCUCUUACAAGCAAUCAUGGCGAUCGUCGAAGCCUUCCCAAGACUCAAGGCUGAGAUUGUCGUGAAUUCAAGUGCUCUCGAAGAGUAUGAGGACGAUGAAGAACAGGCAUCAUCUAAUAUGGUCACCAAAUACAUUGAAGUUCAGUCAGGUUCUGAGUUCGCGAUCAAAUGUACACUCACGAGGCCAGGACCAGGAUGUACCCUGGUGUUGCAAUUCUAUCUCGACGGAAAAUGGGUGUGUGGCGCCUAUGUAAUGCAGAACGACCUUCUCGGCAACACAUUCGAAACAUUCACUGAAGGGUUGAGGUACUCAGAAGGCCAUAGAUGGUACUUGCAGAAAUUCUGCUUCUCUGAGCUCAAGAUAGAGGAAUUUGACAAUCGUGACUUUUCGGAUCAGCUAAUACAGGAUCUGAAAGACAUGGGUGAGAUCACCGUACGGGUUCACCGCGUCAAAAAUCUGCGACGGAGCGAACAGAACAGUAGUCGCAGUCGCAAAGAUCUUGGUAUUUACGCAGACAAUGUUCCUGAGAAGGCUCUGAAAGGAAAGACUCUUUCACACAAAUCUAGCUUGCGCAAUCCUGUUUCAUGCAACCCCACAGCACCUUGGGAGCAUGAUUACAUGGACUCAGUAGACAAGCCAAUCGCUACCUACAAGUUCAAGUACCGUUCCAAGCAUGCCUUGCAGUCACUCCUGAUCAUGCCGCGAAGUCCAAGCCCUGUCCCACUUGAGGAGCGGGAUGUCGAUACCCUCAAUGCCGAAGAAAUGAGGGAACUUCUACGACGCCAGCGCGAACGUGACGAAGCCGCUCGGGCAGUCAAGCGAGAAGGCGUCAAGCGCGAGAGGAGUGACACGGCCACGGACACCGACCCCCAUGUGGACGACGACGAGCUGUCCUUCAUUUCUGCUAAGCGACGGAGGUUCCCUGUUACACUGAACGAGGACGGCAUGGAGACCAUUGAUCUGACCUGAGCUGGCACAGGUUCAUGUGUCUCGGCACUAUAGCUUAGUUGGCUACGCGCAUUGAUGCUCUUCCUGGUAUCAAUUCUCAUUGUUCGGAGUUUUUGAUGGAGGUAUACUCGUUGAAAAAUGAUUGCAACACAAGCAGAGGUACAGCACGAGACGCAACCCAAGAAGGGAAGCGGGGUUCAUACGAGACAUGAAUUAUGUUGGGUUAUAUCGUGUUUAAUGGAGUAUAUCAGCGAGCGUGCCGCACGAGUGCCGGCGUGAUACUCGAAGUCCACUGGGCAAGUCUCACGGAUUGGACCAACCUUUAGUCCGAUCUUUUCUACAUAGUUUAAUACACACGAUCACCCUUCGCAUCGGCGAU